CGGUCAUGUACGUGAGGGAAAGAUGGCGGCGGAUCGGAGUAAUCGGACAAGUACCUUAGAUAUUAUAUGGAGGUAUCUUUUGAUAUUGUUGAAUCUACAACAAGUAGUGGAUUCAUUAUUGUGUUUCUGCAAUCCUUGUGCAGGAGCUGUCGUCAAUAAUUCUUGCCUUGCAAAAGAAGGAAGCAAAUGUUUCACUGCAAUAGAAGAAAAAAUAGAAAACAAUAUAGCAGUUGAUGUUUGGAGUUUUGGGUGUUUGCCUCCACAUGAAAGCACUGUCCUUCAGUGUAAAGGGGAUUUGGUUCCUCAUGUUACCCCUCAGACUGUAGCAUGUUGUGAUGGGGAAGAUUACUGCAAUAGAGAUUUGAAGCCCACAUUCAUAGAACGGAGUACAACUCCAAUCCCUGGUCCUCAAACUGAUACCAACUUUAACAAUACCUGCAAAAUUGUUGUUGCAGUUUCACUAUUAUUUUGUGUAAUAUUGUUAAUUAUAGCAAUGCACUGGGGUCAUCAAAGAUUUUGUCGAACAGGAUUACUAAGAUCCCAGUACAUGGAUGAAGAAAAUCAGAUACACCCAGGAGAAUGUAUUAAAGACUUGAUAAACCACAGUUCUGGUAGUGGAUCAGGUUUACCACUUUUGGUUCAGCGCACAAUAGCGAAGCAAAUAUAUUUGAUUAAGAGUAUAGGAAAAGGUCGGUAUGGUGAGGUGUGGAAAGGCAAGUGGAGAGGGGAAAAUGUUGCAGUGAAGAUAUUUUUUACCACAGAAGAAGAUAGUUGGUUCAGAGAAACUGAACUUUACCAAACAGUGCUGCUUAGACAUGAUAAUAUAUUAGGAUUUCUAGCUGCUGAUAUCAAAGGUACACAGCUAUAUCUCAUAACAGACUACCAUGAUCAUGGGUCACUAUAUGAUUUCCUUAGGGCAACCACAUUGAAUGCUGUUGAUAUGAUGCGCUUAGCUCACUCAACAGUAGCAGGUCUUGCAUUCCUUCAUGCAGAAAUAUAUGGAGCAAAAGGUAAACCUGCAUUAGCUCAUCGAGACAUAAAAAGUAAGAAUAUUUUGGUGAAGAAAAACCUAACAUGUUGUAUAGCAGAUCUUGGGCUUUGUGUCAAAUAUAUUAGUGAAACUAAUGAAGUGGAUAUUGCACCGAAUUCUCGACAGGGCACCAAAUUGUAUAUGAGCCCAGAAAUAUUGGAUGAUACUAUAAAUAGGAAACAUUUUGAAUCAUUCAAACAGGCAGAUGUGUAUGCUCUUGGUUUAGUUCUAUGGGAAAUUGCACGUCGGUGUGUUCAUAAAGGAAUUGUUGAAGAUGCUCAGCUUCCAUAUUAUGAUUACCUCUCACCAGAUCCCAGCUAUGAAGAUCUUAAAAGGGUUGUGUGUAUUGAGAAGAAACGGCCUCUUAUUCCUAAUCGCUGGGUCAGUGAUCAUUAUUUGAGUAAAAUGUCAAAAGUAAUGAGUGAAUGCUGGCUUCAUCAUCCAGCUGCACGAUUGACAGCACUUCGAGUGAAAAAGACAUUAGGAAAAAUCAAGAUAGACAUAGAAUCUACAAUUAAGCUGUAGCAGACAGACUGAAAAAACAAAUUGAAGUGUUUUAAAGAUGGAAAGAUGACCAUUACAAGAAUACAAGUUCAGAGGGAGAAAAGUUAAGAAUAAGAGUAAUGAUGAUGAGGAUAACAACAAUAAUAACAAUAAUAUUAAUAUGAAGAAAAUAAGUGAAUCGUUGCUGUAAAAUAUUCUGUUAGCUUGUCUCUUUCGAGAGAAAGUUUGAUGACAAGAGCAAGCUCUCGAUGGCAGAUGAUGUAGGCAGCCUUACAAAAAAUAGUAACAGGACACAUUUCUUAACUGUCUACAACACGGCAAGUGCAAGUCCCAAAUGCAGACAAGUAACAACUUAAAAACCAAUUGCUUGUAUCUCUGAUAUUGGUAUUAUACCCUCUCCUCAUCACCCAACUCCCCCAAGAAAAAAAAAACAAAACAAAAAAAUAAACAUGGAACUGAAUGAGACUUUUUUUUUCACCUGCUUCAUAUACUUUGA